GACAAAACUUGAUUAAAUUAUUAUUUUAUGGUUAUUACUGAUGAUUAAAUCCCGAACAAAAAUCUGGAUUCUAUAUAGUGAAUAUUCUAGUUUUCAAACUCUCCCAUUUAAAAUAAGCGGAAUUUUAGAAAAAGGUAUAAAAACGAAAAGUGAUUCUAAAAUUAAUACAGUUAACCAAGUUUUAAUAAACCUAAAAUAACCAAAAAAUGUUCAAAUACUUCCUUCUUGCUGCCUUGAUCGCCUGCGCUGCUGCUGGUAAUCCUGAAGAUGAGCAUGCCGAAGCUACUCUCUUGAAAUCCGAUGUUAGAGCUGAUGGUUUCGAUUCUGCUUUGGAAACCACCAACCAUAUCCAUCAGGUAGCCUCCGGUGAUGAACAUGGCAACAUCCACGGUGAUUUCGAAUGGGUUUCUCCCGAAGGUGAACAUGUUGCUGUUAAAUAUGUUGCCGAUGAAAACGGUUACCAACCCAUUAGUGAUGUCUUGCCCACUCCUCACCCCAUUCCUGCCGCCAUCUUGAAGGCUAUUGAAUACAUCCAUGCUCAUCCCCAGAAGGAAGAAUACCAUCAUUAAAAUUUAAUUGAAUACAAAACGUUGGUUAAACUGACAAUAAAAAAGCACUAGAUAGAAAAAUCUAAAA